AUGCCCCACGACUGCCACCACUGCAGGAAAAGUUUUAACAACAGAUCAAAUUUAAUCCUGCACCAGCGAAUCCACAUGGGUGAGAAGCCCUUCAGGUGUCUGGAGUGCGGGAGGAGUUAUUUUUACAACCACCAAUUAACCCAGCACCAGCGCAUCCACACGGGUGAGAGACCCUUCAAAUGCAAUGAGUGUGAGAAGAGCUUCAUUACCAGCAGUUCUUAUAUAUGUCACCAACGUGUCCACACUGGGGAAAAACCCUACAUGUGUUCCCAGUGCAGGAAGAGCUUUGUGGACAGAUCAAUCCUCAUCUGUCACCUCCGGGUCCACACGGGUGAGCGUCCCUACACGUGUCCUGACUGCGGAAAGAGCUUUGGCAAGAGCUUUACACUCUUCAACCAUCGUCGCAUCCACACGGGAGAGAAACCCUACACGUGUCCCCAGUGCCAGAAGAGUUUUAUGCAGCUCUCAUCAAUGAAGACCCAUCAAGAGCUCCACACAGGUGAACGACCCUUCAGCUGCUCCCAGUGCGAGAAGAGGUUUUACCAGAGAUCACAUCUCAUCCGUCAUGGCUGGACCCACCUCAGGGAUCACCAAGAGUAA